AUGCAGGAUGCUCGCUCUUCGAGGGCAAAACGGGCCCCCAACCGUUGGAAUGCGUACCUCAGUGCUGAGUUGAAGAGGUUUAAUGCUGCACUACCUUCGGGCCAGACGGCAUACAAAUCGAACAGCUUACCUUUCGAAAUCAAGGCAAAGUGGGAUGCAAUGUCCCCCGAGGAGCGCAUCACUAUCACUGAUCCAUUGUUGAAGAAUCUGCAGGAUCAACGCGAGACGAAGCAACUUGCCGUGCAGAACGUGCCAAUCAACGCAUUCCAUGACGUUCGUAGCAACUUAGCGAGUGUUCAAGAACAGCUCGAGGCAUUACACGCUCGCACUGGCACAGAGAUUUUGAUGAUAGCAGUCAGAUCGAGCAACGACCACUACAAUAGACCGCAUGUUUUCUUCACGAGCGAUCGCCUCUCCGACUUCUUCACUGUUGUCUUAAGAACUCAGUUGGCGGAUGUCGCCAUGCAAAUGGAGUCCUAUUGUCUCAGCGGUAUACAGGGUCUUGUGAGUAGGUCUCGCGACCAAGUCGCCGAACUCAAGGCUCGUAUCAACAAAAUGAUUUAUGACAAGCUGCGUGCGGCUGCGGAAGUGGAGGUACCGCGGAUGUACUACACAAACUUUGAGAAGAAGAUCACUGAGAAGCAUGCUGUUGUCAUAGAAGGCUGGCCCCUCGGAAAAUUUUGCCCACCGAGCGAUCUCCGGUCUCGCACGGAACUUGAAGUGUUGUACAAAGCAUGGGAGACCAGUGAGACGAGAUUCCACAAGAUGUCUCGUGCGAAAUACGAGACAUGGGAUGAUUCUCGUUUCCGCGCUGCCCUCGAGAAUGGCCAUGACAACGAUGAGCUUCCCGUUCCUGUGACUGCAGUCUCACUGCGCGCACCCAAUUGGCACAUCCAUAGAGGACUUAUCCACGCCGGGGGAGCCCGUGUUGUGCCCGAUGGAGUACCGACCCAUAGUCAAGCGUUGCUGGGUUCGCCGGUGGUGACUUCGACGGUGGUGACUUCGACGGCGGUGACUUCGACUGCAUCGACUACACGCAAGAGGCCCGCCGAUGCAGCUGCUAACUCGAGUAACAAGCGGCGCAAGCAAGGACCCUUUCAGGACUUCAUCAAUGUCGUGUCAGGUGUCGGGGGGGAGCUGGUGGCUGUCACGAAGAAGCCGCGUGCGACGCGCAAGGACAAGGGUGUGCCGAGGAAGAAGAAGGCCAAGGGUCCCACAAAUGACGAGAACGGCAUGCCAUCCUCGGGCAAUGCUCCCGCCAAUAUCGUUCCCGCUCAUGCGCUCCCCUCCGCCACUGCCGUCACCAUGAACAGUGCACUGUCAUCGGGCGACACCCACGUCAUCUCCACAGCUGCUGUAUACGCAUCUCCCUCUGCCAUGGCCACUACGAAUACUACUCCCGUCUCCACCAUGUAG